CAGCUCCUGGCCGGGGCGGGGUUCCUCGCCGUGUGGUGGUGUUAGUGUGGAUUCCUUUUUAAUGUGGGCUGUGUGAGGUUUCUGGAUAAAUGGCUGGACAGGAGAGUUUUGCAGGUUUUGACACAGCUCAACAAAAUAAUUAUUACUGGCGCUGGCAAAGAGUGAAGCCGGAGUUCCAGCCCCGCCAGGGUUACCCCUUCAUCAACUGGUAUGAGCAACAGCCCAGCUGUUGUCCUCUUUCUGGCUACAGCUGUGACUGUGCAGUGGGCAGAAAUGGACACAACCUUUCUGAGCGUGGGACCUCUGGACACCCAGCUAAAACUUCCAUUAGGCCUAAGGAAACCACAGCUCUGGCUGAAAACCAAGAUAAAGACCUACUAGAAGAUCCAAACCUUCAUAUGAAUACUGAGGAAUUAAACAAAGAGUUUAUGGUGAAAAGUGAAGAAAUCUACGACUCGCUCAUGAAUUGCCACUGGCAGCCUCUGGAUACAGUUGACUCUAAAAUCCCAAUCCCAGAUGAGACCCCACAGAAGCCAGAUGUUCAUGAAGCUAUCCGAUUAUCAUGUUAAUUGUAUCCUGUUUUGUUUUUGCUUUUCCAAAAACAAAAACAAAUUUUUUUUUUUCCCUAGGAAUGUACUGGCUUCUGCAUGUAAAUACAAAU